UCUGUCAUUUUUUUCCCAGGUUUGUGGAGUGUUGUUAUUUGAUCAACAGCAAUAAAAUGCACCUUUAACGAAUCCGAGGCAUGGAGGAGACGCAUGGAUGCCACUUAUAAUUCACAGUAAUGGAAUAAAGUCAUUAAUCUUGAUAUAAUGGAUGAUAGACCCAGUAAGCUCAUCUUGGUUCCCAUUCUUGCCGUCCUUUUUGUUAUGAUAGGUUAUCAGUACAUUUGUCCCGCGGGCAGCAACUCGUGCCACUUUAAGACUGAUGGGGAGAAAUUAAAGGGGGUAAGUCUACUUUCCAGUCCGGACCAGGACAAUGAUGAUUUCUACAGAGAUCAGGACCUGGAGGACGACAGCCCCGCGAGGCUGCCGUCAAAAUUCAACUUCACAGACCGAGACCUCGACAGACACGUGGAGUUCAACAUGAAAGGGGACGACGUGAUCGUGUUCCUGCACAUCCAGAAGACCGGGGGAACCACUUUCGGGAGACACCUGGUGAGGAAUAUUCGCCUGGAGCAGCCGUGCGACUGCAAACCGGGACAGAAGAAAUGCACAUGUCACCGACCAGGGAAAGAGGAGUCGUGGCUCUUCUCCCGCUUCUCCACGGGCUGGAGCUGCGGGCUGCACGCAGACUGGACCGAACUGACGAACUGUGUUCCCGUCAUUAUGGAUAAGAAGGAGGCCCAGAGAAAUAAAAGGAACUUCUACUACAUCACCAUGCUGCGCGACCCAGUCUCCCGCUACCUCAGUGAGUGGAAGCACGUUCAGCGCGGUGCCACAUGGAAAACCGCCCUCCAUAUGUGUGACGGACGCUCACCCACUCAGGACGAGCUGCCCACCUGCUACAGUGGGGAUGAUUGGUCUGGUGUCACCCUCACAGAGUUCAUGAACUGCCCGUUCAACCUGGCCAAUAACCGCCAGGUCCGUAUGCUCGCUGACCUGAGCCUGGUGGGCUGUUACAACCUGUCCUCGAUGAACGAGAGCCAGCGCAACCACAUCCUUUUGAGCAGCGCCAUGAGCAACUUGAAAAACAUGGCUUUCUACGGCCUGACUGAGUUCCAACGCAAGACACAGUACAUGUUUGAGCGGACGUUCAGCCUGCGCUUCAUCUCGGCGUUCACGCAGAUCAACAGCACGCGAGCGGCCAACGUGGACCUAAGCGACCCUGUGCGCAGACGCAUUGAGGAGCUGAACUUCUUGGACGUGCAGUUGUACGAGUAUGCGAAGGACUUGUUCCUCCAGCGUUUCCAGUUCACCCGCCAGAGGGAGCACCAGGAGGUGCGCUUGAAGAGGCGCGAGGAGCGGCGCUGGCUGAGGGAGCAAAGAGAGCAGGCCAGGCCGUGGCCACCCAAACACAGAGGAAGCGGAAACAGGGGAGGGAGAGGGGGAGGACGUUUUGAGAAAGGGACUGAUGGUGACUUUCCCACCACCACUGAGGACUACGCGAGCCAAGUAGCUCGCUGGUGAAGCUUCGGUCCCGUAAAGAGAUACGAGCAAAUGAGAGAGCACCUGAUGGAGAUUCCUCACAGAUUUGAAGAAUUUCUUUUGACGCUCUCGUAAACAUCCCAUGUCUCUCUCAUCAUGUCUCACUCUCUUUGUCUCACCAUUAAUCCGUCUAUCGGCAUCUAUCUGUUUCUCAGCUUCAGUGUGAUCCAAGUGCUCUGCUGUUUCUUUCAGAAAACUGCCAAGUCUGUGAAUCUCACAGCAGCUCUGCCUUGGACUGCCCUUUGGUGUCUUAAAUCUUUAAAUGCUUUUAAUAUAUUUUUGUCAUUAAACUGUCUUUUUUU